CCUUUCUUUCUUUUUAUAAAGAAGUCCUCUCUCUCUCUCUCUCCGGCGACGACGAGGAAUAGCUCUCCGGCGCCGGAACUCAUGAAGCGUGAGCCUCCCGCCGAAGAGCUCCCUGGAAGCCCUAGAGCCAUCCAUGAUCCUGAAUCCAAUCCCGGCCCCAUGGAAGCCAUCGCUGGUGAGGACGAGGACGAAGCCCUGAAGAUGGCGGUGGUCCUAUCCCGGGAGGAGGUUCUGCGCCGGCGCUCCCGCCGAUUGAAGCAGCUUGAGAGGUGUUAUAGGGAGCAGUACUGGGCUUUAAUGGAGGAGCUGAGGGUGAGGCAUCGGGACUAUUACUGGGAGUUCGGGAAGAGUCCCUUUGACGGCCAGAAGGGGGAGAAUGUGGUGUUUGCGGCGGGGGGAGAAGGAAACGAGGAGGUGGCGAAGGAUGGGGUUGGUGGGCUAGGGUUUGGUGGAGGGGAAGCGGGGAAGAAGGGUGAGAGGGAGCGGUGUGGGGUUUCGGGGUGCAAGGUGUAUGCAAUGCCCUUGACGAGGUUUUGCCACUCUCAUAUACUGUUGGAUGGGAAGCAGAUGCUGUAUAAGGGCUGCAACUAUGUCAUUAAAAGCAGUGCACCCAAUGGCCAAAUUUAUUGUGGUAAACCAGUUCUCAGAGCUGCCAUUCCCUCUCUGUGCCCAGUUCACUUUCAAAAGGCUCAGAAGCAUGUGUCACAAGCUUUAAGGAAGGCAGGUCUCAAUGGGCCCUCUACAGUCAGGCAUGCUCCGAAAUUUCAUGUGAUACUUGCUGAAUACGUGAGCCAAGUUCAAGCCAAAAGGAGAGAAUUAUUGAAUUCCAAUGGUGAUAACAAUGGGGAGAAGGAUGAAAAGAUCAGUUGAGCUUCAUGUCUUGGACAUGUAACCCUGGAUGAAAAGAUUCUGUUGAGCUUCAUGUCUUGGACAUGUAACCCUGGAUUGUGUCUUGAAGACUACAGUCAUAGUUGGAGGCCCCAUCGGUCAAAUCUAAGCGGGAUGGCAUGUAGAGGGCCUUGGACUCCUUGCAAGCGGAGAAAACCCUUACAUUUUUAAGGUCUUCGCCAUGCAGAACGUCCUUGAAAAGGACUUCAAGAGAACUCACAAUCUUCAUUAGCAACCAAUCAAUCUGUGUGUGCUGCUUUGUUCACAUUUGGUCGACAUCCUUAUUUUCGUCAUUAAGGGCUCAUGAAACACACCGCUAAUGUACCUCAGUUCCAUGGACCAGUCAGCAUCGAUCACGAGCCACACUGACUUGUGCUUAUGGCGGAAGGCUGUUGCUUUAUGACUUUGCCAUUUUUACAAUGUCCAAAAGUCUUGUGAGACAUGAAAUGAUGAAACCCUUUAUUAUCAGACUGGUCUUGACUUUUUUACAAGACAAUGCCCAGUGACCUUGCUUGGCCAUCUCUCUGAUUCACCAGGACAUUGCCGAAACCAGGUCAUUCUGAUUCAUCUCUCCUCGCAUUGCUUUGGCAAUGUCCUGGUUUCGGCUUUAUUAUUGUCCUUGAGUUGAAAAAACCCUAGAGUUUCUUCUGCGAAUUUCUGAAUUCAGGUUGGUACUUAUGUAGCAGUUAUAUAUUCAGUGCCAAAAUUUUUUUGUUUACCAACGAUCAAAUGAUUUAUUGGUAUACGGAUCAUCGAUAGAGCUUUUCACCGAGUGGUGGGAGUUCGAUUUUUGGUGAAAGACAUAUUUCUGGAAGAUGUGAGUGGUGGUUGUGUGCGGGUGGUUUUAGCGCUUAUGCGUGCUCGGGAUCUGUUUUUACUUGCUACACCGAGAUUUGUGCACGCUUUGAUGGUUCAGGAGAGUCUUUGGAUUGUAUGUUCUUUUUGUAAAUAAAAAAAAAAAAACCUCUUUGCUUGUGAAUUUGAAUAUGCAAAUCAUAUAGAAUUUGCGUGAUUGUAAAUGCAAAAUAAGUGGCAUCUAUUUAUGUGAGUAAAAUAUUUUUUUUUUU